AUGGCGCCGGGCGGGCAAGCAGCGGGCGGCGGAAGCAGCUCCAGCGCGGUGACGCCCGAGGGGCUGCGGGGCUGGAUCCGGGGCGCCUACCGCUUCGCCACAGACCGCAGUGACUUUCGCAGGUGGGAGGAGUAUUGAUACGAAGGAGCUUCGGUCCCCUUCCAGGGCGGUGGGUCGGGGAGGGAGGUGGCAGCCGCAGGAGGGAGAGUCGCCCUGGGCUGUGCGGUGUCUCGCUUGGCCUGCUGGGAAGCACGGGGGGCCUCGGUACUGUAAGGAUGUACAGGUCACUCCAAAGUUAACGCGCGGUUUGACGUUCACGGUUUUAAAAGGGCCUCGUGAGGGGUCCUGUAGCUGGCCAAGUAAAAAACAGAUUAGGUGUGUCUGAAGGGUACCGACUCGCCUCAACACAUUUCGUUUUCUGUUUCACAGCUUCGUCUCUUCAGGGUUUUUAAUUUUUUUAAACAACAUUUUUUUUUGUUAUUUUCAAAAUAAAAUGGAAUACAUCCCCCCCAAUCUAACAUCACUCCCUUCCCACCCUCAAAAAACAUAGCAUUUUCAGUGUUGAAAAGGCUUCCCCCGAUAAACAGGAACUAAAGAACAAGCAAGCAUUAAACAAAAAGCCAAAACAUCUCUUUAGGUUUUCUGCCCAUGCUAAAUCUACUCCCAGGAUCCCUUGCCCUUCUGCUUAUCCUCAUUUUUCCAUUAUUGCAGGAAUUGCAUUUGCAAUUUUUCUCAGACAGCUCUUUUUAUGUCCUCUGGCUCUGCAAGUUUUGAAUCCAUUCUGAGCAUAGAUUGAAGCAAUCUAGCUUGACAAAUAUUAACAUGUAGUGCCCAUAGGAAAACUGAACCCUGGGUUCUCCAUUACACUAGCUAAAUGCAGCCUCACCUCCAGAGGAACUUGUGUAGUGAGGAAGCACUUCUACUGCACUUUGGUUAAGGCAGGCAGUUUUGAAUAGAACGUUCUGUUAGCAACAUGGCUGGCCCUUCAUGCUGCUAUAUAUAGUGCAGUUCUGGGGAUUUCUUGUCAGAUGUCGGUCCCACUGAGUUCAAUGGAAUGAUUGCAGUAAGAAUGUCAUAUCUAUUCAUAUCUGGUAUUAGUGUCUCUAGGCCAGAAAUCCAGCAGAAUUGUGCAUAAAUUUUGAUAUUAGCUACCAGUUUUCAGACUCUUCACCCUACUUUGUAUUUGUUUCAGGAACCUCAUAGUUAACCUGGGUCUCUUUGCAGUGGGAGUUUGGGUAGCUAGAAACUUAACAGACAUUGAUUUGAUGGCACCACAGCCUCCUGCAUAG